AUGGGUCAGGAGGCGGAGCUGCUGUACAGAACUGUCCAAUGGGAUGAGAGCCUCCUCCAAUCAGCUGGAAAGACGGCUGCAGGGCCGCUGUUCGAUAUCAAGUGUUCAGAGGAUGCUGCUGUCAGUCACCUCCACCUGCCACACUGUGAAAUCAUGGAUGCUCUGCUGCCUGAUGGUCUGUUAUCACAGACUCUCCUUGUGGUUGUCGAAGUCCAUCACCUCUCUCUCUUUGGCCUGGUCUGGGAUCUUGUUGAGAGGUUGUGGACAAAACCAGUUAAUGGUCGAGUUCAGCUGUUCCUCGGACCACCACUCCAAGAGAGUAAGAAACUCCAUGUUCUUCUCCUGCCGAGGAACGUCGCUCUAAAUGAGGUCAUAAAUCAACAGUUGCCUUAUGAGUACAUCGACACCACUCCUCGAUGCAGACUCAUCAAGAAUCAGAGUUACAGUCUUGACUGUCCUGAGGCCACUGAUGAAAUUCAGCCUGAGGAAGAAGAGUUCGACAUGGACUUUGGACCAAAUUAUGAUCCCCUGUUUGAGAUCUUCCUGCCCACAAACGCAAAGACUGUGACUGUGACAGUCCAGACCAAAACACAGACGGUGUUGUGAAGCGUAAAGUUAAUCUGACCG